UCUCGUCUCCUGUCAUCGAGACCUUCAUGAAAUCAUGUAUUGGCCACACCAGUCAAUGUGAUUAUAAUUAUAGGUUGGUGAACACCGUCCAAGAUAUAUAGGCUAUGAGAUAUCAGCUUAACGGAGCUAACCAAACUCCAACAGGAACUCAUCUCCCUCCCUCUCUCUUUUCUCUCUCCUCACUUGACUUUGGUGAUGGAGGGUGAAGAAGACAGGAGGACGAUCUCAAAGAAGCAUGUUGCUGGAUUUGCGAUCCCUUGGGUCCCCUUGAUCCUUAUUCUUCUCGGCUUUCCUCCUGCCUCUCGAGCUGCGUCGGACUACCGGGACGCGCUAUCCAAGAGCCUGCUCUACUUCGAGGCGCAGCGCUCCGGCCGCCUUCCUCACGACCAGCGCGUCGCGUGGCGCGGCAACUCCGGCCUCACCGACGGCCUCGAACAAGGGGUUGACUUGGUCGGAGGGUACUACGACGCCGGAGACCACGUCAAGUUCGGUUUACCGAUGGCUUUCACGAUAACGAUGCUGUCGUGGAGCAUGGUGGAGUAUGGCGACGGUGUCGCGGAGGCUGGAGAGUUGAAGCACGCGUUGGAGGCCAUAAAAUGGGGGACCGAUUACUUCAUCAAAGCCCACACUCAGCCAAAUGUCUUCUGGGCUCAGGUCGGAGAUGGUGACACCGACCAUUACUGCUGGCAAAGGCCGGAGGACAUGACGACGUCGAGACAAGCUUACAAGAUCGACGCGGAGCAUCCGGGAUCGGAGGUCGCAGGAGAGACGGCAGCGGCAAUGGCGGCUGCAUCCAUGGUGUUCCAGGUGAUCAACCCACAUUACUCCCACGUCCUGCUGCACCAUGCUCAAGAGUUGUUCGCGUUUGCCGACGAGCACAGGGGGAAGUACGACGACAGCAUCGGGGCGGCCGUGAAGAGCUUCUAUCCGUCGGUGAGCGGCUACGCCGACGAGCUGCUAUGGGCGGCGCUGUGGCUCCACCGGGCGACGGGGAGGGAGGAGUACUUGGAUUACGUGAUCCGGAAUGCUGAUGAGCUCAAUGGAACUACAUGGGCGAUAUCUGAAUUCAGCUGGGACAUCAAAUAUGCUGGUCUUCAGAUUCUUGCUUCCAAGUUGUUGAUGGAGAAAGGAAAGGAUCUACAAGCGGAGCAGAAGACGGUGUUGGAGGAGUACAGGUCAAAGGCUGAGCACUACUUGUGCUCCUGUCUCAACAUGAACGGCGAGGACGGCUCCAACGUCCACCGCACGCCCGCCGGCCUCCUCUUCGUCCGCCACUGGAACAACAUGCAGUACGUCGCGGGCGCCGUCUUCCUUCUCACCGUCUACUCCGACUACCUCGCCGCCUCCAACCAACGCCUGCACUGCCCACGGGGUUCCUUGGGCUCUCGAGACCUCCUGGCCUUCGCCAAGUCCCAGGUGGACUACAUCCUGGGCGCCAACCCGGCCGGGGUCAGCUACUUGGUCGGUCAUGGAGCGAGGUACCCGACGAGAGUGCACCACAGGGCCGCUUCCAGUGUCUCGUACAAGGAAGACAAGUCGUUCAUCGGCUGCUCCCAGGGAUACGACGAGUGGUACGGCAGCCGGAGUGAGAACCCGAACGUGCUGGUCGGAGCACUGGUAGGAGGCCCCGACGACACAGACGAGUUCAGCGACGCGAGAGGGAAUCACAUGCAGACGGAGGCGUGUACUUAUAACACGGCGCUGAUGGUCGGAGUGUUUGCGAAGCUCAGUGAAUUGGAAGGACGCAGCAGCAGCAGCAGCAGCAGAAAACUUCAUCAUACUAAUAGCAUAUUGUCUAAGGACAUGUAAAAGCAAUAUAAAGUGCAUUUUUCCCCCCUUUUUUUUUUCCAUUUUACACAAUUUUUUUUUUUUUUCUUUAUGGGGUUCAAAAUGUGAAUCUUGAUGUUUCUUGUGUAAAAAAUACAAGAAAAGAAUAUACUGAGACAAUUAUCUA